GCCGGAAGUUCAAGAUGGCGCGGUGCCCGGACGGCGGCAUGGGGGUCCGGCUCAGCGCCGAUAUGGUCAAAUAUUACGAGGUGUUGGAUUUCCAGUUCUGCGAUGAGGUGGCGAAGUACGAGAAGAUGGCGAAGAUCGGACAGGGGACCUUUGGGGAGGUGUUCAAAGCACGUCAUCGGCAGACAGGGAAAAAAGUGGCCUUGAAGAAAGUUCUCAUGGAAAAUGAAAAGGAAGGGUUUCCCAUCACGGCGUUGAGAGAAAUAAAAAUCCUGCAACUACUGAAACAUGAAAAUGUGGUGAAUCUUAUUGAGAUCUGCCGCACCAAAGCCACGCAGUAUAAUCGCUACAAGGGCAGCAUCUAUCUGGUAUUUGACUUCUGCGAGCAUGACCUGGCUGGACUGCUCAGCAAUGCAAACGUGAAGUUCACUUUGGCAGAAAUCAAGAAGGUGAUGCAGAUGCUGCUGAAUGGGCUCUACUACAUCCAUCGGAACAAGAUCCUGCACCGAGAUAUGAAAGCAGCCAAUGUUCUGAUCACUCGGGAUGGUGUGUUGAAACUGGCCGACUUUGGUCUGGCUCGAGCAUUUAGUCUUGCCAAGAAUAGUCAGCCAAAUCGCUACACCAAUAGGGUGGUAACCCUGUGGUACCGUCCACCAGAGCUCCUGCUAGGUGAGCGAGACUAUGGACCGCCUAUUGAUCUUUGGGGUGCUGGUUGCAUCAUGGCUGAGAUGUGGACACGGAGUCCAAUAAUGCAGGGCAACACAGAACAGCACCAGUUAACGUUGAUCAGUCAGCUCUGUGGCUCCAUUACAGCAGAGGUUUGGCCUAACGUUGAGAAGUAUGAACUGUACCAAAAGUUGGAAUUACCUAAAGGUCAGAAGCGGAAAGUUAAAGACCGGUUAAAAGCCUAUGUAAAGGACCCUUAUGCACUGGACCUCAUUGACAAGUUGCUUGUCCUUGACCCGACCCAGAGGAUUGACAGUGAUGAUGCACUUAACCACGAUUUCUUCUGGACUGACCCUAUGCCUUCUGACCUUAAGAACAUGCUCUCAACCCACAACCAAUCAAUGUUUGAAUAUUUAGCCCCUCCCAGGAGGCGUGGCAGUCACAUGCCUCAGCAGUCAACCAAUCAGAACAAGAAUCCCGCCGCCGCCAACCAGACAGAGUUCGAUCGCGUAUUUUGAAAAUGGUUAAAGAAGUUAAUGAAUUGUAGAGUGACCUGGGGCAGGUUGUUUAUUUAUAUAGAUAGUGCCAUAUUGAGGGUCUUGUGAUCAAAAGAUGUUGAACUGUUAUUCAUAAAUUGUGCCUAUUACUAAUUGGAUGUUGUCAAAGGUACUUCUCUUCAAAAGCAAAAAAUGGGCUGUGAGUCCAGAAAUAACAUACUAUGACCCUGGUUAAGGAGUCCUGGAUUGAUUUCUGUUUUCUCGGUGAUGCUGUAGUAUUCAGCAUAAGUUUAGAAUUGUUUGUAUUUCUUUGUUCGAUCCGUAAUCAUUCCAUCAUUGGCUGAUGUUGAAUCACUUUGAGUUAGUACUUGGAGCACAAGUGAAUGGCACAAUGUGUCCACAUGUCUUGGGAUGUGUGUUUAUAUUCAGAUUUCCCUCAGAUGCUGCUCACCUGUUGCAAUCUGACGGCAUUCCAAAAAGAAAAUGAAGAAAGUCAGUUAUAUCACCCGAAAUAAAGAUUUACAGGCAUAGACAGUGAAUAGUUUUCCUCUUACAUUGGUCGUGACUUCAGAGCUCUUGGUAAAUUCAGGAAACUGACUCAUGUUCUUCUAAGCUUUAUUUUCUGAAGAUAAGCACCAUGGAGAUCUUUGGAUGCUGAAUAAUUUGUAUCUUGAAGAACUAUAUUUUGGAGAAAACAGUAUCUUCAUAAGCAUCUGUAGAACAUUGAAAUGAUGCUGCACUGUUUUUUUGGUGAUAGAAUCUUACUGAGAUUAUGGCUUUUUUUCCUGAAACCCAAAACUUUGCCAUUUGCUUCUCUUUAAGUUGGUACUUUUUACAUGGUUAUACUAUAAGAUAAUUGAAAGUUUUAAGAAAAAAGUAAAAUAUCUUCUCACAGAUCAGCUCAUACCUUGAGAGUGAUUUGUAGGUGCUGAUGUGCUGUAAUAAAUCCCGUUAGUGCCAGUGUUUGAUUCCUAUUCUAACGCUGCCUCGUUACUGACUUUCCUAGAAUGCAUGUCCACAGCUGAAUAAAAAUGAAAUGGAUUGAAUGAUUAUUAUACAACAUCAUCAUAAAUUUUCUGAGAAGUGUGGCCCUUUGUUUGCUUUCCCCUUCCAUUUAAGACGCAACUGUGCCUCUUACUAGGUUAUGUAAUUGAGCAGUUUCAUAGAUUCUAGCUGCAGAGUAUUAUGAACUCUGGGAGAAACUGUGCAAUAUGAGAACUCAUUUAAAUAGCUGCGGAACUGCCGUUAAUGUGAUAUAUAUUUCUCUGCAAAGUGGAAUCACAGACUAGUUUUUUUUUAAUGCAGUUUCUUUAUUUAUUUUGCUUGCAAUAUUUGAUUUUAUUCCAACUUUGUCAUGACCAAAUAUCAGAUUGUCCACUGGUAGAACAAAAUAGCCUAUUGCUUUCAUUGGCAUUGCCAGUACCUCCAGUAGUUUGAGUUCCAGUGUCUGGGAUGUCAAUAUAGGCUCAAUCCUGGAGUAUUUUAAGAAAUACUGUUAAUGUGCAGUUCUUAGGUUCAAACAAUUUCAAGGUAAAUGAUUUAGUUAUGCACUGUACAAUACAACAUUAGAGCAUAUGAAAAAUGUUUACAGUUUAUUAUACAUCACAUCAGUAAGUAUGAAUUCUAGGCUUUUAAAUAAAUUGUUCUGAAGCAAUCCGGCUUUGUUUCUGUG